CUAGCACUGCACCCCUAAUCCCUAUUCCCUGACACCGAACCCAAGCUGCGAAGAAGGAAAAAGAAAAGGAAGCUCAGUGCCUCAGUGGCGAGUAGAUACUACUGCUUCAGUUGGUGAAGGAACCAAGCAACAAUGGCGGAUCAUACUACCAGAAGCCCCAUUAAGUCCUCAGGGUUUCAGUUGGAACUGUUGCGGGUACCAGGAGACGGCAACAGGCGGUGGCGAUUGGCAAAGAAAGAAGGGAGUCUCUUGUGCGUGCCAAGAGGCUCUGUAGGGUCCCCGUUGGCGGCGGUGGCGACGGGGACGGCGAUGGCCAAGCUCCCCUUGACAGUGACAUGAUCAUUGAUGAAGAGCAAUCCAUUUUGGACUCUCAAACUUCCCUUGCCGUCGAAAAGUUGAAAUCUUCUGUUGCUUUUCAGGGGAAGGGUGCAAUGCAUAAAAGAGUGGUUGCCCUGCAAGAAUUAAGGCGACUGCUGUCAAGGUCUGAAUUUCCGCCUGUUGAGUCUGCUAUUAAAGCCGGCGUGGUACCUGCACUUGUGCAGUGUCUUUCGUUUGGGUCUCCGGAUGAACAGUUGCUGGAGGCGGCUUGGUGUCUUACAAAUAUUGCUGCAGGGAAUCCUGAAGAAACAAAAGCUUUGUUGCCUGCAUUACCUUUGCUUAUUGCUCAUCUUGGGGAAAAGAGCUCGUCACCUGUUGCCGAACAGUGUGCUUGGGCUCUUGGAAAUGUAGCUGGUGAAGGCGAAGAGUUGAGGAAUGUUCUGCUUGCUCAAGGGGCUUUACUACCUCUUGCAAGAAUGAUGCUACCAAACAAAGGUUCAACUGUUAGAACAGCUGCCUGGGCUUUGUCUAACCUCAUCAAGGGUCCAGAACCGAAAGCUGCAACUGAACUCAUUCGUGUUGAUGGAGUAUUGGAUGCAAUCGUUCGACACUUGAAGAAAGCGGAUGACGAAUUAGCAACUGAAGUAGCAUGGGUAGUUGUGUAUCUGUCGGCACUUUCAAAUGUAGCUACGAGUCUGCUGGUGAAGAGUGACAUGCUUCAAUUGCUAGUCCACAGAUUGGCAACAUCAAAUAGCUUGCAAUUACUGAUUCCAGUUUUGCGAAGUUUAGGUAAUCUCAUUGCUGCUGAUUCCCAUACAAUUUAUGUUAUUUUGACACCUGGACAAGAAAUUACAGAUAAUAUCAUAAAAGCCCUGGUAAAAUGUAUGAAUAGCGAACACAGGGUCUUAAAGAAGGAAGCAGCCUGGGUGCUAUCUAAUAUUGCCGCCGGUGACAUUGAGCACAAGCGGUUGAUACAUUCAAGCGAGGCGGUGCCUUUGCUGUUGCGUCUUCUUUCUGCCGCUCCAUUCGAUAUAAGAAAGGAAGUUGCUUAUGUAUUGGGGAACCUUUGUGUUGCGCCUACUAAAGGUAAUGCGAAGCCGGAUCUGAUCUUUGAGCACCUGAUUUCGCUGGUCGAAAAAGGAUGCUUGCCAGGUUUUAUUGAUUUGGUUAGAUCUGCUGAUAUUGAAGCUGCUAGGCUUGGACUCCAAUUCAUAGAGCUGGUCCUGAGAGGGAUGCCAAAUGGCAAGGGCCUAAAGCUUGUAGAAGAAGAGGAUGGGAUUGAAGCAAUGGAAAGAUUUCAGUUUCAUGAAAAUGAACAACUGAGAACUAUGGCAAAUACCCUUGUUGACAAGUACUUUGGAGAGGACUAUGGCCUUCAUGACCAGUAACAUUAGUUGUUUGAUAUUGUAAUAAAUGUGCUCUUUCUCCCACACAAUUUUAAAUGAAAAUGUAAAAUUUUAUUAGUGUUAUUAACUCUAGAGACUAGUGAGUUGUAAUUUUUGGCUGGCUUAAUUUGAAACAUUUUUGAAAUAACUGUC